UACCACUAGAUUGUGUCAAAAAAAAAAGUACCACUAGAUUAACAAUUUAACACUUCGAUAAACCCUACAAUCAGUAAAUCAGCCCUCUUUUAAUUUUCCCUCGCAAUUCCAUAAACCCUAACUUCAUCUUCCCCUUAUCUCGCUCUCUCUCUCUCCUCUUCAAUGGAUACUUUGCAAAAUACUUACAAAGACGAUGAAGAUGAAGAGCCAGAAAACAUCCCACCUCAAAUUUCCCCAAAUCAAAACGACCCAAUUCCUGAAUCUACUGCAAACGACACUGAUGACCUCAAUACAAUCGAAAACAACGACAUUGUUGUUUCAAACCCUAACCUAAAUCCACCUUCAAGCCCGAAAAUCGCUACAAUUGAAUCCGAAUCAAUGGCUGUAGAAUCGGCGGAGAAUCCGACCCAAUUGGCGUUGAAGUCCGAAACUUUAGGGUCGGAAGAUAUUUCCUCUGAAUCAAUCUCUGAAGAUGAGCAAAACCCGGAAAAGAAAUUAUUAGGUUUGGGGGAAGAUGAAGAAGAAUUAGACCCACCUUCGAAGAAACAGAAAUCGCUCUCGAAUUUUGAAAUUGAUCAAUUGGAUUUGGAUUCACAAUCUGCGAUGAAAUCGACACCGGUUGGUGGGAAUGGUGGUGGGAGUAGUAAGAAAUCGUCGAAGAAGAAGAGCAAGGGGAAUAAUGUGUGGACGAAGACGACGUCGAGGAAAGGGAAGAAGAAGUCUAAGAACAACAUCAAUAACAGUAAUCACAAUCACAAUGCAGUUCCACCGAAAUCGGAAGAUAUUGUGUUGAUUACUCCGAUUCCGAGGUUUCCUGAUAAGAAUGAUGAUUCCCCUGAAUCGAAGAUAUGUCUUUCCAAGGUUUAUAAGGCAGAGAAGGUGGAAUUGAGCGAGGAUCGAAUGAGUGCCGGGAGUUGUAAAGGGUAUAGAAUGGUGAGGGCGACGAGAGGGGUGAGUGAUGGCGCUUGGUAUUUUGAGAUUAAGUUGGUUAGUUUAGGAGAGACAGGGCAUACGAGGUUGGGGUGGUCGACGGAGAAAGGGGACUUGCAAGCUCCGGUGGGGUACGAUGCGAAUAGUUUCGGGUAUAGGGAUAUUGAUGGGAGUAAGAUACAUAAGGCAUUGAGGGAAAAGUAUGGGGAUGAAGGGUAUAAAGAAGGUGAUGUUAUUGGGUUUUAUAUUAAUUUGCCAGAAGGGAAUUUGUAUGCUCCGAAACCGCCUCAUUUAGUUUGGUAUAAGGGGCAGAAGUAUGUUUGUGCCCCGGACCCAAAGGAGGAUCCCCCAAAGAUCAUUCCCGGAAGUGAAAUAUCCUUCUAUAAGAAUGGCAUUUGUCAGGGCGUUGCUUUUAAAGAUCUUUUUGGCGGACGCUACUUCCCUGCUGCAUCAAUGUAUACCCUUCCUAAUCAACCCAAUUGUGUGGUGAAGUUCAACUUUGGUCCUGAUUUUGAAUUUUUUCCCACGGAAUUUGAAGGCCGUCCAGUUCCAAAGCCCAUGAUCGAAAUUCCUUAUCAUGGAUUUGACAAUCGAGUUGAAAAUGGUGUAUUAGAUGAGGACAAGCAGUAGGAUGUUUUCUUAUAGUGUUGUAUGAAAAAUCUGGUGCUAGGGAUCCUUAUCCUUUCCUUUGCUCAUUUGCUUUGAAAGGAAAAAGAUAAUCCUCCUAGGAGUGCCCAGUGUCCAUGCUACAGAGAAUGAGUUUGUACUAUGAUGAAUGAUUGAUCUGAUAUGUUCUCUUGGUGAAUACAAAUGGCUAUUUUUAUUCGUUGCA